AUGACCCGGAUCCUGAAGGAACUUAAGCAGAAGCAUCCAGAGAAGGAGACGGAGCAGCUGAUAGAACUGGCCAACUACCAGGUAUUGACACAGCAGCAAAAGAGUCGCGCCUUCUACCGAUGCCAGGCUACCAGGAUCAUGACGGGAGCAGGGAACGUUCUGAAGAAGCAUGCAGCAGACCAAGCCAGGAAAGCUGUUGGUGCAUACGAGAUCCGCUCCGAAGUUUCGGAGAAUGACUUUUCGUCAAAGAUCUUCUUUGACCCCGGUACAUACCAGUGCUUGGAGAACUGCGGUACAGUGGCCUUGAAUGUCGUACGCCUUGGUGGGGACUUAACUAACACUGUUUCAGUGGAAUACCGUACCGAAGAUGGCACAGCCAAUGCUGGCUCGGACUACCAGUUUCACUGAGGGCAUUGUGGUGUUCAAACCUGGUGAGACUGAGAAGGAGAUCCGGAUAGACAUCAUUGAUGAUGACAUCUUUGAGGAGGAUGAGCAUUUUCUGGUCCACCUUAGCAACGUGAAGGUCAUAUCGGAGGGCACUGGCUACGGACAACCAAGUGCUAAUCACGUGGACACUUUGGCGGGCCUUGGCCUACCCUGCUCAGCCACCGUGACUAUCUUUGACGAUGACCAUGCCGGGAUCUUCACUUUCGAAGAACCGGUAAUGACCGUGAGCGAGAGUAUCGGCAUGAUGGAAGUGAAGGUUCUUCGUACCUCAGGAGCACGGGGACUAGUGGUCGUACCCUACAAGACCAUGGAGGGUACAGCAAAAGGAGGGGGAGAAGACUUUGAAGAUACGCACGGAGCGCUGGAGUUCCAGAACGAUGAGAUC